AUGCUGGUGUGCACAUGAAGAUUAGUCCACGCCCACACACUUCUGAAAGGAAGUGAAAUGCGGAACCACUACUGAAGGACAGAAGAAAGAUCUUACAACUGGAGUUUUUAGAUCACUUGGAGUUCACAGAAGUCUAAAUAAGAUCCUUGGGUAAUGGCUGCUCUCAGGGUUUUCCUCACUCUUGCCAUCUGUCUCCAGAUGGGGCAUCAGACGUUUGCUAGAAACGACGCUCCCUGCCAGCGCGGCACAUGGAACAACGGCUACAACACAUUUGUGAAACGCCACAUUCGCUCUGGAACUCCUACUUCUCUCGACCAGAACCAAUGGGAAGAUUACAUCAAGAAAAACGGGGGUUGCGAGAGACCCACACAGUCUUUUCUUCAGCCAAAAGACCUGGAGAGGGUGAAGGCUGUGUGCACGAACUCAGGGGGAAAGAGGUACAAGGAGAACCUGUGCAUCAGCGAUCAGCCUUUCAAGUUUGUCACAGUGAGGAGUGUACUGGGAACCUGUGGAAUCAAGAGCGUUCGAGAGGAAACUAAACAUCUGAUCCUGGCCUGUGAAGUGCUGGAAAAUCAGUGCCUGCCUAUCCAUUUCGAGGGAAACCCUGACAAUGUAACACCUAACAACAACGCCAAAGGCUGCCAGGACCCACACACUAAAGACCAUGCUACCAGCUUUAAAAUGACGUGGCUCCAGAUGUUGUUUGUUUUAUUUACGGCUAUUAACUUUUUUUAAUAUGAGGAACUAGAUAUGACAAUUAAGUUUUUAUCAGGGGACUUUUUGUUCAUUAGAAUCUUCUCCCGAACACAUUUGAGCAAAACCUUUUAAAGUUCUGAAAUUGAAUUUACAGUGUUUUUUAAAAUUUUAUAAAAUAUAAAAUGGUAUUAAAUCACAAUCACAUCACCACUAUAUGAACCACAUUUUUUAGAGUGAAUUCAUUUUUAUAAUCACUAUUAUAUGCUUGUGCCUAUGUAUCUGUAAGUUUGCUUUUAAUCAUUGUGCUAAAUAAUAAAAUAAAAUACAUAACAGAAAAACAA